UUUUAAGACUGUCUGAAUUUUUACUAACGCAAGGUUUAAUGUUAGUAGUAUCUGAACACAUCGUGUAAGAAAUCGGCCCUUUAUACUGACGUUAAGCGGCCAUAAACUGGUGGUAAACAAUACUGAACAUAUCCGUGUUGACCUCCAGCAGCUGUUGCAGGUGUCCCGGUCUUCAAGAGUGGCUGCACCACUCCCCUGCUGAGUCCUUCCUCUACACUGACUUGCUCUGCUGCUCACUUCCUGUCCUGUGAUUUGGGGUUAAGUGUGUGGCUGAUUACUUGUGCUGCCCAAUCAAUAAAAAAGCAAGCAGUCAUGAGUAAAAUGACCAGACCCAAAGUGAUCGGCUUUGAUCUAGAUUACACAUUGUGGCCUUUUUGGGUGGACACACACGUUGAUCCACCUUUCCAUAAGGAUAGAAAUGGUCAAGUACAGGACCGGCGCAACAAGAAGGUGAAACACUAUGGCGAGGUGCCAAGAGUCCUGCAUUGGCUGCACAGCGAAGGGUUUACACUGGCUGCUGUGUCUCGCACAGGGGAAGUUGAUGGUGCCAAUCAGCUUCUCAAGCUCUUUGACUGGGACAAGUACUUCACAUACAAGGAAAUCUAUCCUGGUUGUAAGAUAAAACAUUUUGAACGAAUCAAGACCAAGUCUGGAGCAGAGUUCAAUGAAAUGCUCUUCUUUGACGACGAACAUCGGAACAAACGGGACUUAGACACCAUUGGUGUUUACACUGUGAUGGUUGAGGACGGCGUCACUGAAAAGCUUGUCAAGAAUGGCCUUGAACAGUUUUCUAAGAAAUCGUAGUCAAGUUCUUGUGUCACCUGACAUUUGUUUAUAUUCAGUUCUUUGCCACAUGCAGACUAAUUUAUUUGUAUAGUUGGAAUAUGUCUAGAAAAUAUUAAAAUUUUGCAACAUGA